AACUCACUCACCUUUUACAUCCAACUCAGUUACGAGUUUUAUUUUUUGACCUAACGGUCACGAAGUUACCUCUCCGUCCAUGUGAAUAUGGGGGUUCCGGACGAUAACAUCGAAGGCCUCGAACGCCAGCGCCUCGAACUGGAAAGCAAUGUCCUACAGCUGCAGCAGUCGCUUUACCACUGGAGAGAAUGGGAGGCGGAGUACGAAGGCCUAAAGGAAGAUAUUGUCGAUUUAGAUGAUGAUGCUACAACAGACGAUUUUCUACGAGUCAGCCGUAAUUCUGGCGGGAGCCUCCUCACCGAAGAUGAAUUUCGAGUGAUCGUCGGCGAGAAACAAGGACUCAAGCGGACAAAGACACAAGUCGCGGACCUUAUAUCAAGACGGAUUGAUUACGUGAGGGAUAACGUUGUAUCAAUGGAAAAACGACUGCAAGCUGCUGAAAAUCAGCUGCGAGUCUUAGAUACUGUCGAACAGCAACACCCUGAAUCAACGGCUGAUUUUCCGAUGAAAGAGAUUAUCGAGGAACUCGACGAAGAUGGGGAAAUUAUCUCAAGCAAAACUACAACACCAGGAGACCAGGCGUCUGAUCUGUUGGAUAUCUUGAAGAAGGCCGGCGUCAAGGACAUACCGGAUACUCCGAAGCCACAUGACUCCGCACCUGGUGGCUCGUCAUCGUCAGAGCCUACGUUGGAGGACCAUGCUGUAAAUUCUGAGGAGGAACAUAAGCAGGACGUACAGCUGAUGGCCCGACCAGAGUCCGCAUCAUCUGAGAACAAUGGCGCCUCGACGGUACAGGCCUCAAGUAGUGCCAAUGUUCCAAUAGAACUCAAGAAGGAAAUCCCAGUUGUGGAUAUUGACGAGUCCCCUGAGGAUGCCAGACUUCGUCGGGAAAUGUUGCAAUAUGGUCUUGACGAAGUUGGCGCGGUUGUCGCCGAGCUUGAGUUAGAUGAGGAUGCGGAUGACAUCUCCGUCGACGAUGGGUCCGAUUCAUACACAUUUGACGAUGAAGAUGAGGAAGAGGAAGAGGACGAAUAUGGACGCAGUAUCCGACCUGUAUUGGACGAAAACUACCACCAGCAGAUGCGUGAGUUGGAAGCGAAAUUGAAUGCUCGGGGAAUGUGGAACGCCGGAAAAGACAUUACUUCACUACCGGUAGAUGUGAAAGACGACCUAGAAGAGGCACGCAAGGUCAAAAUCGAGAAGACGCCGGACUCGAAUGGUGACGCAGGCCCGAAGGCAAAGCCGAAGAAGAAGGUUGCUUUUGCCGACGACCUUGACAUUGCGCCAGCUCCUCAACCCCCAGCUCCAGAAACAAGGAAGGCUGCAACUCGAGAAACCGACGUUCCUGUUUUGUCAGACUCCAUUGUCGAACGUGCGCAGCCUGUUGAGAAAGGCGCGGCCGAUGCACCCGUUCCAAAGAAGACCUCCCGUUUUAAGACCGCUCGCGGUAUGGCAGGAGCCAUCGGCGAUUCAAAUCCGGACGCAUCCCAAGGUGAGACUUCACGCAACAAGUCCUCUGCUCUGCGCAAAACUGUACCGCUCGCACCAACACCAUCAAUGCCAUUAUUUCCUGCCAAACCUACGGAGCCAAGGCCUUUCUCCCAACCCAUCUCAGAUGUCACGGAAAAGCCUCCAGGCCCUACUAAAAAUAGAGGCAAGAUCCUUGCAGAUACGCUUAUGGAGCGUGACACCUCUGAAGGAACCGCCACAGCCCCAGAGCCCGACGAGCUAGACGAAGAGCUACACUGCAAGGAGAUUGCCACUGAAUUCCACAGAAUGAAGAGCAAAAUGGCCAAACAAAACGGCGGCUCACUUGACGACGAAGAACCAGAAAUGGUACCCGUCGAAACUCAAGAAGCCCCCAAGCGAAUCAGCAAAUUCCGGGCCGCCCGGAUGGGCUAGUUGCUAGGUAUAUAACAAGAAUUUUAGAUUCAGAUACCCGACAAUACUUGUUCAUUAUGAUAAUCCGACGUCGAUUGCGGACCACUCAGUAGACGAUAGGAAUUCUACACUUCUUACAAUGAGCAUACCAUUUUUCUGUUGGUAUACUCAUCUGUAUGGAUUCCAAGAUUAACGACUAGGGCUCUCUGACUAGUUUCCCUUUUGACUGUAUUGUGCUCGUGUAGAGUACUUACCGUUAGAAUUAGAUGGAAAUUCGGUUACGUUUCACCCUCUACAUCAUAGUUAGUUAACAUAAAUGGAACAAGGUGAAUUGUCGUCAAUCGUUUCCAGGAAGAGUACUACUGGAUUGUCUGGGCUGUGGUCUUGGCCCAACUGUUCCCGAAAUAGAAA